CCUUUGCUGCUCCAUCAACAACACUAUAGACGAUCUGUGAGCUGCUCAGAAAGCGAGAGGAAGCAGCUUCUCCUCCACUCUGCCCCCCUCCCUCCUCGCGCAUCUCUAGCUGAACCGACUGUCUGAUCGAUCGGGAGCUUCAGAGACGAGUUCACGUUAAUAUCUCCGGUUUCACGGUUCCUCCGCUUGUUUCUGACCACACAGCCUGCUGCUGACCGUGAGGACGUUUCAGCUUCGCGUCAAAUUCAUCCAGAUUCAUCGAAGCACAAAGUUCAUAGACGAGCUAGCUAGUUAGCCACCUAGCUAACUCUGUAGCUAGUUAGCCACCUAGCUAACUCUGAAGCUAGCUAGUUAGCCACCUAGCUAACUCUGAAGCUAGUUAGCCACCUAGCUAACUCUGAAGCUAGCUAGUUAACCACCUAGCUAACUCUGUAACUAGCUAGCUAACUAUAGCUAGUUAGCUACCUAGCUAACUCUGUAGCUAACUAGCCACCUAGCUAACUCUGCAGCUAGCUAGUUAGCCACCUAGCUAACUCUGAAGCUAGUUAGCCACCUAGCUAAAUCUGCAGCUAGUUAGCCACCUAGCUAACUCUGCAGCUAGUUAGCCACCUAGCUAGCUCACUAGCUAACUAGCUUGCAGUGCUGCUGGUCGGAGCAGGAGACAGUUUUUUUGGGGGGGGCGUCGUUUUGUGUCAUUGCACCGCAACUAGUCGUGUCUUUACCACCCUUCAGAUCUGCAGACUAUUAGCAGGGAGUUGAGGUUUAGAGCGGUUUAAGCCGGUUUGCUUCCUACAGCUAGCGUGCUCGAUAUAGCCUGCUAGCUUUAAUACCCUGCGUAUUUAGACUGGAAGACAGUUUCAAGGCCUCAGUCCAUCCAGCACCACCAUCACCAUCAACAUCAGCUGCCUCCACCACCACCACCACCACCACCAGAGGAUUUGCAUUGCCGUGCAGUGAGAGUUGACAGCUUACUUGGUGACACAGAGACUUCUCCCUGAGGAGCCAAGAAGCAGACGGCUCAUGACUUCUGACCAGGACACGAAAGUUGUAGCUGAACCACAGGUGCAGCAAGUACAAGAGGCAAAAGAGAACUCUCAUUUGGAAUCCGCCAAGGUUUCAGACCUCAACCCCAAUGCGAAAGCAUGGGCCAACCACAUGUUUAGCCUGGACCCCAGCGGGAGUGCUCACACCACAACUGCUGCCCUGCAGCCAUGGAAGGAAGGCUGCGAUAGUUCGGCCGACCCCGGCCCAGAAGGCUAUGAAGCCAGUGAAGACAAGGCUUUCAAGGAGCCCCUACUAACCGACCCAGAUGAGCCUCCACCGGUGCCAGUAAUGCUGGCCGAGCCGGCCCCCGUGGCCUCCGUCACCCUGGAGUGCUCCGAGCCAGCCUACACAGAAUAUCCCGAGCCUGGGCAACCAGGGCGCACAGCAGGCAGUGAUCCCCAACAAGAGAGUCCUCAGGAGGGCUUGAGGGAGCACCUGAAGAAGACCUUGGAGUUCUGUCUUUCCCGGGAGAAUCUGGCCAGUGACAUGUACCUCAUCUCCCAGAUGGACAGCGACCAAUAUGUGCCAAUUGUGACGGUGGCCAACCUGGACCACGUCAAGAAGCUCAGCACUGAUGUGGAGCUGAUCGUGGACAUUUUACGAUCUCUGCCACUGGUCCAAGUGGAUGAGAAGGGGGAGAAGGUGCGACCCAAUCAGAACCGUUGCAUCGUGAUCCUCCGAGAGGUUCCUGAGAGCACGCCCAUCGAGGAGGUCGAGGCUCUUUUUAAAGGGGACAACUUACCCAAGUUCAUCAACUGUGAAUUUGCCUACAACGACAACUGGUUCAUCACCUUUGAAUCAGAAGCAGAUGCACAGCAGGCAUAUCAAUAUCUCCGUGAGGAGGUGAAGACCUUCCAAGGGAAGCCUAUUAAGGCGAGGAUAAAGGCGAAGGCAAUCGCUAUAAACACUUUCAUGCCAAAGAACGGUUACCGGCCGGUGGAGGUGAACCCGUACGCCCAGCAGCAGCGCUACACGUCCUACUACAUCCCGCCGGUUUACAGCCCCCAGCAGCAGUUCCCCUUAUACAGCCUCAUCACGCCGCAGGCCUGGUCGGCCACACACAGUUUCAUCGACCCCACACUGGUUGCACCAUUUCACAACAACCAGUUCAUCAAUGGAUUUACGACAUCACACAGUUUCAAACCAGCGACGUCCCCCCUCACCGUCAGACACUACUCGCCCAGGAACAGGAAUCACAGUAAACCUCACUUGAGGCCGACCAUCCCCACAGCGGACCGCAGCGCCGGGCUUCUGGACAACCCAGGCCUCUUUCCCAGCUUCCCCAGCGAGAGGCUCAACGGGAUUCGCAGCAGUCCGCCAACACGACUCCCCACCAGCCAGCCCAGAACCAGGUUACCCUCCACCGCAGCCUUCCCCCGCAGGGACACCGUUGGCACGGGGCGAGUGACCGAGCCCACGACCCCGGACUACUCCCUGGGUAUCGGCAGAGGAAGGAAAAAUGUUUCUGCUUCUAGGAAAAAGAGGGACGAAAAGUUUACAAGAGUGACGCCUCAGUCGCCGCCUCCUCCUCCCAAACCCCCGUCUCCGAGCUUUGAGCUGGGUCUUUCCAGCUUCCCUCCCCUGCCCGGAGCGGCCGGCCAGCUCAAGACCGACGACGUGUUCGACAACCGGCUGGCCAGCAGCGUAGUUGUCGGAAACGGCAAAGAACGGGUUCCAUCAUCCAUAAAAAGCUGCAGCACCAAGACGAAUGUAAGUGCUGAUUCCAGUACAGGAGGAGCUCUCUCUCCAGCGGGCCCCAAAGAGCCGCUCCGGUCCUCCACCUCCCCGAUGCCCACAAGCUUCCAGCCCUCGCCGACCACCCCGACACCGACCCCAGCCUCAGCCCCGACCUUGACCCCAGCCGCCGGCACGCCGCACAGUCCCGCUCCCUCCCUCCCAGCAGCGGAGGUGAAGGUGGCGGAGGUGAAGCCGAAGGAGGUGCAGUUGUCUGUGGAGCGAGUUCCCGGCACUCUGUCCACCGCAAGCAAAUCGGUGCAGGUCAACGGUGCUGCCACAGAGCUGAGGAAGCCCUCCUACGCUGAGAUCUGCCAGCGGGUGAAGGACGCCCCGACAUUACAGCAACCGCCGACCCCCAAGGAAGCCAAGCCAGCCUGCGCUGCCCCCGCGGGCGAGGAGAGGAAGUGCCCCGACGCCGCCACCCCUGCAGGGGAGGCCAAGGCCAGAGAGACAUACCCCCCCUCCUCCAAACCCGGCUCGGCGGCCGUCACCUCGGGCAGACCCCCGAGGGAGGCCCGAAGGCCGGCCGGGCGGUGGGCCUCCCCGCCCCCACACCCAGGGAAAACCCCCAGCAAAGAUCCCCACCACACCCCGCCCAAGUCCCCGCAGUAGGGCGACUCCCUGCCCACUCCACGAGUCCUUCAACACCCCCCACUACGCUCCACAGAUGCGUUUAAAAAAAGGAAAUAUAAGUCAGGGCUACUCAAUACUUAUAUCCCAGAAUCACCAGUCACAAACGAGAAUAGAGGACGCCUUCUUUUCUGGAUCAGGGCUUGCAGACAAAAAGCACUUUACUGUGCAUGUAGAGCACCGUUUCAUUCUUUUUAUUCUAUUUAUUUGAUUUUUUUUUUUUUUUAUUUCUGUUUUAUUUCUCCUUUUCUCUUUUUUGCAUUAGUUGUGUCAGCCUAUAAGUCGGCACAGACAACACUGAAAUUGAUUCAUUCUGUCCGAAUGGCCUUGUGGGAUUAAAUUAGUCAGCAGGGCAUUGUUGCAUUCACCCCAAUGGAUGAUGGGAAAGAGUGCGUACAGCAGACUCCACCUCGUUCGGCUCUCAUAGUGAGGGGUUUGUUUGCAUGUUGAGUGGCACUGUUGUGCAUCUUUAUGUAGCUUAAUUAUGGGUCAUAAUCAGCAGAUUUAAUACAUAUUCACAUCCAUAUGCAAGACUUAACCUCUAAAUCACCACAAGACUCGGAUCCUUUUUGUCGCCUCAAACGGAUUUUUUUUUCAGAUUUAUUUACACUUAAAGUUUGUUGAUGUGUUUUUUUUUCCAGCAGCUCAGCUUUGUCUGUCGGUACAGUUACUCCCGGCGAUCGUCGCUGGGUGUCGCCUCAGUGAUUUCUUCCUCUGAUCAUUUUCUCUGUAAAGAAUCACCUCCCUCUGCUGUGUUGUUGUUUUUACUGUUUGCUAACACUGCUAACUAGCUGGCUGUGUUGCAUAGCUUGUAUCUUAACGGCCGUGAUGUGAUAUCAGUGCUGUUUUUUUAGCGUCAGACAAGAAGGGCAUGUGGAUAUCUGCAACCAAAACUUUUUGCUUGAAGACGAAUUAGGCAUUGAGGCAAAAUGAGUCCGUUGCUCGCCGUGUGUGCGAAGACAUUUAAUGAGUCGGGGUGGGGGGGUGAAGUUUCUUGGCAUUGCAUUUUUUGGGAAAAGCGGAGCAAGCUUUCACGGCUUCAACGCUCUCCUCUCUUCUCAUUUUUCUAUUUAAAAACUGUGGAAUUAAACAGGCACAUAACUGUCAAAAGAAAGACGCAGGGCGGGUUAUAGGCAGAUAAAUUUAAGAUCCAGCUGUGACGAUAAAGCGGCUGCUACUCGUCUGAAGCGGUUCGGUUCACUCUGGAGGUGAGGAAACACUGGCGAGCUGCGAUAAGGAUGGAGGAAGUUAACACUAGCUACCAUUCAGCUGCUCGGCCUGUUUACCGCUGUGACGGGUGACUAACCGUCAUAAGGAGGAGGCUGAGACUUCUGCUGAGACAACGUGACAAAAAGUGUUAGUUUCCUGCCUCAAAUGCACCAAAAGAGUUGAUAGUCUUUGUCCAGAGAGGUGACCGUGGGAUGUUUUAUGUUCUUUCUUCUAGAUAUGGUGCUAGACGUCGAGCCCUGGAACCUGCUACUCAUCUGAUUAUAUGUAGAAAAUACUUGAUUUACAUCGACAGAACUUUAUUUGCACUGUUAGUGUUUUCUCAGACUCACAGGCAAAUGCAUUAUUAGAUUAUUGUACCUGAAGCGGAAAAAAAAGGGAAUUGAUCCUGAAAGUCAAGGGAAGAGAGGAAAGAAAAUAAAAAAAUGCAAAAUUGAGUUUUCCAGGAGCAAAUCAACUCUGCAACACCAACAAUCGCUGAAGCCUUUUUGUUUUUGUUGUUGUGCCUUGUGGAUGCCUGUUGAACACGCCGUGGUGAAGGAUGUGCAGCGUCACAUGACUCGUCACGUGACGGCUCGUUACAGAUGCUUAUUUUUUGUGCUGAAGGAGUUGGUGCGGUGGUUUGGAUUUUGGCCUCUGGUUCUGUAUCGGUGAGGAUUUUCAUUGACAGAGUGCUUGUAAAAUAUGGAAAGUGAGGCGGUUGAAUAGACCUAGAAUGUUUUACUAAAUGAUGAGUGGGGGUUUUUUUUGGAAUGUAGUUUGCCAUGUUGGGAGUGUGAAAGGGAUUUUUGUCGGGAGUCCUGCUGGGGCUCAUGUGAACGGUGUUGAACCAAACAUCCUUUAAAAAUUGAAGACAAACAGGCAGACAAGAGCAGGUGGGUUUACAGCAGGAACGCGAUCAGGGAAAUCUGAAACAGUCGUGUAAAAGAUGUUCGGCUCCCCCUUCUUCUUCUUCCUCGGCGUCGAGUCUUUACCACUUUGUUUUUCUGUCGGCAUGCUCCCCUCGUCGGUUUCUUCUAGUUCGAGUUUGCACACUUUGAUUUAGUUUCAAAAGAAGAUCGGAAAAGAUUGAUCAAAGCACACGGUCCUUCUUACUGCUUCACUCCUGUGUUCUUGGGAUUAAUUGCACCUGUCAGGAGUUAAAAUUUAAAGCACAGAGUGUAAAAGGAACCUUUUUUACAUCCUUUACUCACUUUGAGCCGCCAGGUUGUGCUUCAGGAUGGAGACCGCUAACACAAAUUGAGGCUCAACUGGGACUUAAAUCGAGCAGCAUUUCGGACGACAGCUGGAACAUUUUCCUUCCCUCGUCAGAGUGAAGUAGCAAGAAUUGAGAUGCAGGGAGGAAACUUUUGUUAAAUGUAAGCUUCGGUUGGGAGGUCUGUCUACUGUAGCAGCCACUCUGGCAGAUAACCAACCAAGUCUUGGAUGUUUUACUGUAUUCUAAAAAUGUAAUUGGCUGGCGAAAUGGUAAAAAUGAUUGGUAUAUGAGUUUUGAAAUGCCAGGCGAAUGAUAAAACUGUCAUUCUGAAACGUUGAAAAGUUUUUUGGGGGCGUAACAGAAUUUAAGUCCCUCCCUGAUCAUCAGUCGAGUGCUCGGGUUUAAUCUCUUUCUAAAAUUGUCACCUCAGAUGCAAAACACCCUUAAAAAAACCACUGUACUAUACACAAUAUCUGUUUUUCGGGGGAAACACAAACCUACAUGGGACCUCACAUGUCUCGCCAAAGUCUUCCUGCAACAAGAAGCAUUCUGGGUAAUCCCACUAAGAGAAAACAGCCCGUCUAGAGAAGGGGAUGCUUCAUUAAAAAAAGCCUGUACUCCUGCUCAUAGCUGCUUUUGAUUUGGACAUAAAAUCUUACUAAAAAUAUUUUUGUGGGAUUUUUUUUUUUUUUUUUGAAGGACUGAGAUGCACUUGGAUGGGUCGAUUUAUUUUAUUUUUUUCUCAUCGGUGGAAAUGGUAAAAGAUGAAAAUGCACCAUAUCCACCUAUUUAUAAACCAAUGCUGUUUAUUAUUCCAUGAGAAAUAUCGUUAAGUUUUCUUUUUAGGGAGAAGAAAAUAAAUAGAGAUGCAUCGAAGUCUCUCUCUCUCUAUAUAUAUAUAUAAAUAUAUAUAUAUACGCAAAAUGUAAAAAAAAAAAAAAAAUCCAUCCAGUGUUUGAGAAACUUGAAUUUUAUUUAAACUUGAAAAAUGACUUUGCCUUAACUUUUAUACAAGACAAGCAUAGAGUUUAUUUCUUUUCACAAAAAAAAGUCCCCAAAAUGUUAAUGAACGUGACGCGUGGAAAAUAUUUAGUCGUACCGGACGUCACAAGUCUUACUGAGAGAGAGAGAGAGAGAGAGAGAGAGAGAAAGAGAGAGAGAGAGUACAAAUCUAGCAGCAAUUCUUUCUUUUUCCUUUUUAUUUUUUUGUAAAAUGUACGAAAACGAUUUUUGUUUCUUGUAGUUUCAGGUGGUUGUUUUUUUUUUUUUUUUUUUUCGGGGAAAAAAAACAUAAACCUUGUAAAUGCAAAACUAGUCAAUACUGUAUUAAAUUUGUGCACUUUGAAGUGUGUGCUUUGCUUGUACAGUUGUAAAUACUCAGAAAAAUAUAAGAGGUACCUUAAAAUGAUUAUAAAAAUA